UCAGUUGAAGAUGCCAAUAACAGCGGUAUGAACUUAUUGGACCAGUCUGUCAUUAAAAAAGUUCCGGUUCCUCCAAAAUCUGUUACUUCUUUGAUGAUGAAUAAAGAUGGCUUCCUGGGUGGAAUUUCAGUCAACACCGGAGAGGUGUUUUGCUCUGUACCUGGCCGCUUGUCUUUGCUUAGUUCAACUUCAAAGUAUAAAGUAACUGUGGGAGAAGUUCAAAGACGCCUUUCUCCUCCAGAGUGUCUGAAUGCAUCCCUCCUAGGAGGAGUACUUAGAAGAGCCAAAUCGAAAAACGGGGGGAGAUCUUUGCGAGAAAGGCUAGAAAAAAUCGGUUUGAAUUUACCAGCCGGCAGGCGUAAGGCAGCAAAUGUCACUUUACUCACCUCCCUGGUGGAAGGUGAGGCCGUUCAUUUAGCUCGGGAUUUUGGGUACAUCUGCGAAACGGAGUUCCCAGCCAAAGCUGUUUCUGAGUACCUGAACAGACAGCACACGGACCCCAGCGACCUCCACUCCAGGAAAAACAUGCUGCUUGCUACAAAGCAACUUUGUAAAGAAUUUACAGAUCUCUUGGCCCAGGACAGGACGCCCAUUGGAAACAGCCGGCCCACCCCUAUUUUGGAACCGGGCAUUCAGAGCUGCUUGACUCACUUCAGCCUCAUCACUCACGGCUUUGGGGCCCCCGCUAUCUGCGCUGCCCUCACGGCCCUUCAAAACUACCUGACUGAAGCUCUCAAAGGCAUGGACAAGAUGUUCUUGAACAACAACACUGCUAACAGGCACACAUCUGGCGAAGGACCAGGUAGUAAAACUGGAGACAAGGAAGAGAAACACAGAAAAUGAGAGAGAGAGAGAGAGAGAGAAAAAAAAAAA